AUGCGUCUCCUCGGUUGGUUUGCCUCGCUCAUGUUUGCCGGCGCCGCUUUGGCUGCCAAGGAAGCACCUAAGGAGCUUCAAAUCGAGACGACCUUCACGCCUGAGGACUGCUCGGUCAAGGCUAAGACUGGGGACAACCUCGAGGUUCACUAUACUGGUACUUUGUUCGCCACUGGAAAGAAAUUCGACUCAAGCCACGACCGCGGCACACCCCUUCCUCUUAAACUCGGUGUUGGUCAGGUCAUCAAGGGCUGGGACGACGGUUUGCAAGGCAUGUGCGUUGGCGAGAAGCGAGUUCUCACUAUCCCCGCACACUUGGCAUACGGUGAACGAUCAAUUGGCGACAUUAUCCCCGCCAACUCUGCAUUGGUAUUCGAGACUGAGCUCGUCUACCUCGACCCUAAGGAUGCUGCACCCAAGGAUGAACUGUAAUUUGUACAUUAGGCACCACUUGCUGGAAUACACCCAGUCCUCGACA